UAAAAGAAAAUGGCGGCGACACGAGAAGUCGCUCUUCUCGUUGGACAAAUCCAUAAGCACAAGCCCCUUAUCCGGUGCAGUCUCAUUAUACAGAAGUACUGCAUGUGUACAGGGAGUCAGCAGCCACAGCUUACACACAGAGAGGUACAGAGAUCUGGGGGAAUCGUAACGAAUAAAUAUGGAGAACCUUUGGCAGUUGAGCUUGUGUUGCCUAAACCAUCUCUGAAGAACUAUUGUGCUGACUUUGAGGAGGAGCUAAAGCAACAUGAGAUAAAAUAUGCACAUCAGCUAGCUCAGUACAAGAAAGCCAGGGGGCAUUUACAGAACAUCAUAGGCUUGAAACAGAUGUCUACAUUAAAUAGAAAUCGUAGCUUAAAAAACCUCUUCCCAUCAGGUUUAUUUGAGCCUAAAGCAAGACCAAUGUUCAGGAAACCAUUCCUGAAACCUAUUAGAUCAAGUGUACGUACAGAUGGAAGACCUAGCCAUUAUCUGUUUUACACAUCGAAGCCAAGAUAUUAUGAAGUAAUGAAUGCUAUUGCUCUUAAACUGGAACACAUUCAAAGAUAUGAAGAGUUCAUGGUAUCACAAGGAAUUAGUAAACCCAGUAGUGAGGCAAUGAUGUCUUGGGCUGAUGGAGGUAGACCCAUGACAUUAAAAACUUUUCAGAAGAAAUGUGGGCAUAUCUCAACCCAAGAUUACUUAAGAUUUGUUUUGCUGCUGCAAAAAACUGUAGUGCAGCCCUAUUCAUACAUCCACCGUGACUGGAUUAACCAGUUCAGGAGAUUUUUUGAUAGAACCCGACCUCCAAAAGACAAAAAAGAACCAAAGAUUCAUGUGGAUGAGAAAGGAAGGCAGUAUUCUGUAGCAGAAGGUAAAAAGAAAACAUCCUUAGCACGUGUGAAAUUAUUUGUGAAAGGAACAGGGGAGGUCACAGUCAAUGGGAAGCCUAUGGUUGCAUAUUUUCCUAAGGCAUUAGACAGGGAGCAGCUACUGUCUCCAUUGGAUGUUACCAAAAAACUAACCACAACUGAUGUUGAAGCUGAGGCGAUAUUGGGAGGGCACAGGAGCCAAGCCAGGGCAAUCCGCAUUGCACUAAGCAAAUGUUUGACUGUGUUUGUAUCAGAGGAAGAGCGUGAGAUGCUGAGACUAG